GCGAGAGGGACCAAGCCAAAGUGAUCCAGCUGCAACUGAGAGAUUCUGGUGCUGUCUGAAGACUCUUCUUCCCUGGGUUACAGUGUGCUCAGUGUCAGGUCCAGCAGAAUUGGAGAAGAAAGUGAUUGGGAUUGUGUUGAGUCAUUUUUGACAGGAUACCAUCUCUGUAACCUGUGCGUGCUCCUUGAGAUUACUGUUGAUCUUACAUUGAAUCCACUGGGUGUUCACAGUGACAUGAAGAUUUAUUUUGUCCUUGCAUUUCUCUUCAUAUGGCGUCAUCUGAGUGAAUUAGAAGGAAAAGUCAUUAAUGCUGCUGCAGGAAGUGAUGUUAAAUUCCCAGGACCAGAUAAUCCCCAAAACUAUAGAAGAGUAGUUUGGGUUUUCUCUGACCACAUACGUUCAGACAUUGUAGUGUUUACCAAAGAUUCUAAAACCAAUGUUGAAGUCAGAAAGAAGUACAAAAAUCGAAUUCAGUAUGAAGCACUAGACUUCUCCUUUGUACUGCAGAAUGUACAGGAACCUGACAGCGGUAUCUACAAUUUAAUUAGCCGUCGAUUUGCUCGCGUCAUAAAUGAAGUGACACUCCACGUGUUCAAACAGCUUGAUGAACCUGACAUAUCCAGCAAUUCCAGCCUGGAAGACAGUAUUAUUGCAUUAACCUGUAUAUUAUCAGGGAACAUCCAGUCUGUCAGAUGGCUUGCAAUAACAGGAGGUGCUUCUAAUACCCGAUACACAUUGAUCAAUAAUAACACAACUUUGGUCAUCAAAAACGCACAGAAAUCAGAUUCUGGCAUAUACGGUUGUUUCAUACAAAACCCGUUCAGUGAAUCCAGCGCCUUUUAUGAGCUGACAGUCAAAUAAUUUCCUUUGGUGCUGUGUUCUGCUCCAGCAACAUAUGAGAGAAUGAGUGAAUGAGGGGUCAAGGAUUGUCGGCAGCCAUUUAAUCACAAAGACCCCGUCACAUGAGUUGAAAACUGCUGUCACACACGUGAUCAGCACUGAUGUGUUCAUCUGACCAGGGCUGAUGUGCUCACCUGACUGGCAAUGAUGCGUUCACCUGACUGACACCGAUAUCUUUUCACUUGACUGACAUGGAUGUGUUCAUCUGACUGACACAGGUGUGCUUACCUGACUGACACUGAAGUGUUCACCUGACUAGCAGCGAUAUGUUCAUCUGACUGAUAAAGAAGUGUUCAUCUGAUGAGUGUCAAUGAUAGAUAUCGAUGUACACACUUGACUGGCACCAAUGUGUUCAUCUGACUGGCACUGAUGUGUUGAUCUGACUGACAGAGAUGUGAUCACCUGAUGGUUAACAAUGUGUUUACUUGACGGAUAUGGAUGUGUUCACCCGAUGGGCAUCAAUGUGUUUACCUGACAAGCAUUGAUGUGUUCACUUGGCUUACAUACAUGUAUUCACCUGAUGGGUAUCAAUGUGUUUACCUGACAGAUAUUGAACCAUUUACCUGACAAAUAUUGAUGUGCUCACAAGAUGGGCAUCAAUGUGUUCACCUGACGGGCAUCAAUAUGUUCACUUUGCUGAUAUAGAUGUGUUCAUCUGACUGGCACUGAUAUUUUUACCUGAUGGGUAUCGAUGUGUUUAACUGACAGACAUCGAUGUGUUCAUUUGGUUGUCACUAAUGUGUUCACCUGACUGGUAUUGAUGUGUUCACAUGACAUGCAUAAAUAAACUUAACUGAUAGGCAUUAAUCUAUUCAACAAACAGAAACCAAUGAUGUUCAAUAAUAUAUUCAGCUGUGAGUACAAAUUCCUUCACAAUCCAAGAUUUAUGUAUCUAAUAGUUGACCUAUUUGUGUCUAAGAUUGCGACCCAUAUGUUCAAAUGAUUGUUCACAAUGUGUACUGAUAUGUUCAACUGAUCAACGCUCUUCACAAGAAGCACUUUUAUUUUCAGGAUUGGUGAGACAGUGGCUCAGUGGUCAGCAGUGCUGCCCCACAAUGCCAAGGACCUGCAUUCAAUUCGCCCAACAAUUGGGUGACCAUUUGUUGAGUUUGUACAUUCUUCUUGUAUUUGCGUCGGUUUCUUCCGGGUGUUCUAGCUUCCUCCAUACUCUAAAGAUGUGCAGUUUAGGUAGAUUGGCCAUGCUAAAUUGUCCCUGGUGUCCAGGGAUAUGUAGGUUAUGGGAAAUGUAGGGUGAUAGGGAUAGGAUAGGGGUUGCAUCUGGGUAGGUUGCUCUUCAGAGGGUCGAACGGGCAAAUGGCCUCCUUCCACACAGUGGGGUUUCUAAGAUUCUAUAGCAUUCCACACAAUGUGCAAAAUUCUUUUCACAUAGAGUGCACCUUCAUAUUUCUCCCUUUGUAAAAGACAUUAAAAGUGUAAUGAAGAAGGGUCACUGCACCUGAAAUAUCAACUCUGUUUCUCUCUCCACUGAUGCUACCAGAACUGCGGAGUUUAUCCAGCAAUUUCUAUUUUAGUUUCAUAUUUCCAUAUUCACAUUUCUUUGUUUGAUAAAAUUCUCUUUUGCUUACCAGUGGGUACUAUUGACAUCAUUGUAGUGCAUGUAACAUAUGCUGUAAAGAUUAGUGGGAAGCCUUUAAAAACCAGCAGAAGAUAACUAAGAAAGUACGAAGGAGGGAAAAGUUGAGAUAUGAGUGUAAACUAGCCAAUAAUAUAAAGAUAAAUGCAAGAGACUUUCAAGAUAUCUGAAAGGUAAGAGUGGCAAGAGUGAUCAAUGGAUGCUGCAAAAUGAGGCUGGAGAAGUAGUAAUGGGGAACAGAGAAAUCAUGGAGGAACUGAAUAGGUACUUUGCAUCAAUGUUAUUAUUGACACGGCUGUGAACCCUUCUGUGAAUUAAACUAAACACUCAGAAAAGCUCUCUUCGCCUCGUAAUCUGUUAAAAUAUGAGUGGCAAAGAACUCCC